AUGAUCCCUGCAACCGUCGUGCAAGUCAUUGGCAUUGGCCUCGGUGCUCUAAUAGCGAUCUUCCUCUUAUACGGGCUGCUAAAGCUGGUCCUCGAUUGCCGACUACGCAGAAAAAGGCGGAAAAUGUUCAGCAUGCCUCGCAUGCGCGAUACCUUCGAGCUCGAAAAUGGGAUCCUGAAAGGCCACGGUCCCGUUGAAACAGGUCGGAGACCAGCGCGGGACCUUUUCACCACCGCCGAAGAAGGGCGUCGCCCCUCGAUUGACGAGCUCACCAGGUCCGGGCUCACCGCGAGAUCCUCGAGAUUCUGUGUCUACUGCCUGGCCCAACCCCCACCGCUCACAGUGGUUCUGAUAAACGAACUGCGCAUCAUGCGCCCUCUGAUGACGCACUACUCUUAUCGAAAGGCUUUUAUAUAG